CUCAUUCCAUUUUCUUCCUCUCAUGAUUCGAGAAGAAAACAAAUCAUAAUUUUCUAAUUUCUUCUUCAUUCCAAUCGUUUUUUACCCAAAUUUACUCUUUGUUUCAAACCAGUGUUAAUAAUCGUGAUUAUCACCAUGGUUAAUUACGAUUAUUGGUAUAAAUUGUUCGAUACUGCCCUAGUCAAUCGUCGGAAUAAAACAGUGACCGGUAAAAAGUCAACUACUAAAUCCAAAUCAACUGUAACCUCACCAAUAGAAAAAUCUAAAUCCGUUGAAAAUGAAAAAUCGACGAAUCUUAAGUCCGUUGGUUCACCGACUUCAAUCGUAACACUAAUCACCAAUGUGCUGUCCAUUUGUGCGGUCAGUGGACUGCUGGUCACCUUGUUUUAUGUUGUCCCAUGGGAACAAUGGGUAUUCAGUGAAGAUGAACUCGAAAGAUUAUCGGCCGGAGAUGAUCUGGAAUACAGGAAUUACCUGGCGACUUCUGAACAACAGAUCGACGAAAUCAGCAUCCAUGAGGCUCCUUGUUACGAAAAGGCUUAUUGGAGAGAGAAGCGAUUGAAUGUACUUCCGGAACAAUGUGGGGUCAUGUUGACUGAUGCUCUUCUUCCGGAAGAUCAAGUUCUCAAAUUAAGAGCACUGGCAACCAAGUUAAUCGACAAAGUCGGCGAUACAAGUUACGCUAAUCGAGAAUCAAUUAAUCUCCAAUGGAUUAACCUUCACAAUCUGUACAAACGAAAUGCGACCAGAAAAGUCCUAAAAAAUUCGGAAUUUGACCUUAUUCGAAAUGCUUCAAUAGCCGCGAGGGAAGCUGUUUCGACGGCUUUUGGCCUUCCAACUAACCGAUUGUUUUUCAAUACGGUUUCACAAUUCACUCGAUAUCGACCUUUGGUCAAACAUAAUGAGUUUCGACACGUUGAUAAGGUCCGUUCACCGGCCUUGAUUGUUACCUCCAUCUUGUGGCUUUCAACGGCUAAUCUUGACUUUGGCGGUGGACACACUGAAUUCUUGAAUGGACCUGGACCUGAACCUUUCUCACCAGUUCUAAUUGAGCCUAAAAUAGGUCGUUUUGCCGCUUGGACUUCAGGCUUUGAGAAUCCUCAUGAAGUUACUGAACUUUUUUGGGGAAAUCGAUUGGCACUUAUCUUUGCUUUUACCGUUUCUAAUAAAUUAGGUUAUGAAUCAAUGGAAACACUUCGAGACUGGGCAAUCAACGCAACCCAAUCAGCUACUAAUGGUGGUUAUUAAAGUCACUUCAGUGCUCACAACACCAUCAAGAUCUCCAGAAUUAACUACAAUUAGCAGUUAAUCGUCACAAUUAACCAGCAAAUUUUCAACCCAUUUUCAUGUUCAUCAAACUAAUAGAUAAUUACAAGCAAUUGUUUGACUAUUUUGCCAUUUGUAUAGUCGUUGGUUGAAAUCACUUUUAUCAGAACUGAAAAUAUCGCCACAAUUUGUAUAUUAAAUGAAAUUGAUUCCUACGA